CAACUAUGAUCAACAAAUCCUUAUUAAAAAUUCGACAAAGAGUUGCUAUGAUAAAUUCCUGUCGUAUCUAUGGAACCUCAUCCACAGAACUGCGUAGAGUCUUGUUUUCCUGCUAUGUUCUUCCCCUAUUCACGUGGCUUUUCGCUAUUUUUCCUCUCUUCUCUGAAUGCCAACGUAGUCAUAUAGAGCAUUUCUAUGCCACCUGCUUAAAACGAAUUUUGCAUUGCCAGAGCUGGCCGGAUGAGUUCUUCGAGUUUGUAUUCAAUGAAGUCCCACUAGUUAAUAGAUGCACGCGCUAUUGGAAUAAAUAUUUCAAAGCACUGGCUGAAUCGAAAGAUGGUGAGUUGCUUGCAGAGCAGCUAAUUCUUAACAUACAUAGAAACGAAUGGCUAAGAGGUAAGCUAAGAGUCAAGGGUCUUCGUAGAACAAAACGAUUCAUAGAUCAUAAAACAGUCCUGGAAAAAUGUUUGUCCUGGCAUGAUGAAAACCCCCUCACAGACACAAUUGUUCAGUUCUCGCGGGAUGAUAUCGAGUUAUUGAAGGAAUUUCCCGAAACGUUUUGAAGUAUUUCAAGCGGUGAUGUUUCGAUGUAUUUAUCACUGUUGAUACACGAUUCUGUCUGUUUGUUUCUUCUCGUCUCGCAAGUAUACUAUAUUUAACAUCAUCAUAUAUCUAAUUCUCUCUAACUUUUCCUGUCUGAUUGUGUACGGCGCUAUUCUGUUCUCAUUUUUCUUUUUUUCUACGCCUCUCAAGCUCCUUUUCUAACAUUUAUACUAUCUUCUUUAUAAAGUCUGACACUUUUUUCUUAUGUUGUAAUCUCUAGGUACCGACAGGCCUUCGUCUUGGCAUCGGUGUUACUCAGCUAGCAAAAUAAAAAAAAAAAAAAAAAAAAAACUGAUCAUUUUCAUAUUAUUUACUGGUAAUCUAAGUACUGAUCAUUCAAUAUCUUAACUAAUCAUUCAACCUUUAAACUGAUAAUUUAUAUACUUUUUUACUGGUACUUUCGUCCAUUUUACAGAUCAAAUAAUUUGUUGCCUAUUUUUUUUCUCAUGAUUCCGAAUAAAAUAAAAAGGUAUAAUUAAAUCAGAUCUUGGGCAUUUCUUCGACAAAAAUGAAAUAUUGUAAAUAAAUCCUACCAUGCUCGAUGUUGCAAACUGUAUUCUAGUAGACUUAGUUGUGCUCUCAGAAUAAUUACCUCGAUCAUUAAAACGGACGUCAAUGUCAUUAGCAUGUUCUAAACAACUAUUUCGUUUUUAAUAAAUCGUGAUUAGUUUUAUUGAACUUAUCGAAUAUUACCAACUUUUUAUUACUUUGUCUUCGUGUAUCUCUUAAUAGUUUUUGCUUUGCUGUAAUGCAUCAUUUAUACUUAUCCGAAUCGUAUUACCUGAGGUACUUCCAAAAAUAGGAAAACAAACUUAAACCGUUAGGUUGUAAUAAGUCUUUAUUAAUAUUAUUUUCUAUCUUAGGUUGUGGCUUGAUUCUUAAUAAAGGUACAUGGCAUGAUUUCCCAGUUAGUCUUGGUAAUCCAAUAACUGUUUUAACAUUCAAUAGUGCUGAAGUAGUCGAAGCUUUAGCUGCUAUGCGUAAACCAGGUGAAAUGUUAGGACAAGGUGAUAUAUACAAAAUAAAUCUUCAGAAACGUCUUGGUGUUAAAAUUACAUAUCAAUUUGAUUAUACAGAGAAUAAUAAAGGACUAGUGAAUGGUGAAUGUAAAACAAAAUAA